AUGACGACGGCGCUCAACGCCAUGCAAACCUCCCACACCCUGGAGCGUGCCAACCGCGGCUCAUCGCAGACUGAUUUGUCGACGUCUGAGAGCAUCGUCGAUACCUACCAUGGCGCUCUCUACAGCUGCAUGCAAGGGGAUCCCGAGGGCUGGCGUACACUGACGGAUGGGUACAUUGGUCUGCGCGUCGUUCACGAUCGAGCCUCGAUUGAGCAUCCCUUCCGCAUCGUCUCCACGGGCAAAGGACGCGAGCUCAACCUGAAGAUCACAGCGGAGACCCGCCUCAAGCGCACCAAAGAUACCUUUAUCCAAUGGCAUGCCAAAGGCUCUUGCCUAUCCUACGGCGUACAGCUCGUGGCCAGUGCCGCCACAGACAAGCUGCUGCAACACUUGCAAGCUGGCGUUCAGUUGGCCAAAACGGCCGCCGAAGCCAAGCUACGAAAUGCCGAGGCCCAGCACCGGCUCUCCCACCUGAACCGGACCGGUCAGACCACCGAGGCCUAUCAAUUUCUGACUGACAUGUCCAAAAAGGAGGACAAGCAGAACAAAGUCCUGCUCAAGAUUCACUUUCCCGAGGCCGGCUCAACAAUGACUCUGCACGAUCCGUCUCAACGCCUGACGGAUGUUAUUGAGCACAUUGCGCGAAAGCGCAAGCUCGAUGCCCACACCAUUGGCGUGCGGCUCACCGAAGCGGGCAACAUUCUCAGCUCCACCGACCUCACCACCAUGACCGUCGCUGACGUGACCAACAAGACCCUCCAUCUGGUUCAUCUCCUGGACGUGGUGGACACCAAACGCGACAAAUCCACGGCCCUGGCCGUGCUCACACAAAACAACGCCGGCAAGCCGCGCCGUCGAAGCAGUACCACAGAGAUGGUAUUCUUCCAGGUGCACCUGCCCGAUGGCGGCGAAACGGUUGUCUCCGUCCCAGAGAUGAUGUCGAUGGGUGAACUGCUCUUUUACAUUGCUGAGAAGCGCUCCCUCAGUGCAACCGACCUGGUCAUGGCCGAGAAUCCCAGCGGCCGCAAGCUAGUGCCGGUGGAAGGCGUUGUGCGCGACUGCAAGCGGCGCAAAAUCUUUCUCGUCGAGGGAAAAAUCACCCGCGCUCGCCGUGGCAGCAUGUUUUCUGGGGCCUUCUCCAGCGUAAAGCGCGGAAACCGUCGCAACUCAAGUGCCACCCCUUCCACUGGGGUGGGACGAACACCCGUAAACCUGGAAGAGGAGCAGCGCCGGCGGCGCAAGCUGGAAAUCUCCGAGCCCACCCUGCAGCGCGCUCCCUCCCAAACGUCGCUCAACGACGAACCCGAGGCCACUCGCCGCGAUGUGCAGCGCCUCACAUCUCUGCUUGCCGAGGGCGUCGCCCUGAGUGAUGCGCGCAUGCCCACCGGCUUUUGCGAUUUGUGCCUCCGCACAAACUUGACCGAGGCCGUGCAGAACGAUGUCGGCGUACGUAACUUUGUCCUCAAUCAGAUUGAUCAGCACGGCGGGAUUCGAUCCCUGCUGCGCCGCAGCAACCCAGACUUGCGGUCCCUGUUUGGUGCUGCCGACAAGUUUAAGCGGACGCGAAGCGUGCGCUCAGCUGCGCCGGCCCCGCAGCCACCUUUGGGUGGGGCGCGUGGACGAGCCCCAGCCCCGCCUCUUCUCUUGGAGGUGGCCAGGGCAGCGGCCUCGCGGCAUGGGGACGCCUCGCGCCGACGCGCCCCGGGACCACCCGGCCGCCAAAGCUCGAGCGACUCGCUACUGGCCAACAACUCGGACUUGACGGCCGUGACCGAAUGUGACUCGGAGGAAGACGAUUUGCCGGUGCGGACACCUCGUCGCUCCAACGAAACCAUCUGGGACGAGACGGGUCCGCGGUCAUCGCCCCAUUCGCCAGCCCCCCAAUAUAGCCUGAGCCGCCAGAGCAGCUUGUGCUCCGUGGGGUCCCGUUCGGCCCUCAACUACUCUGAUGGCAGCAAAAUUAUUCGUGGAGCCAGUGCCGCCGCCCUCAUCAGCGAGGGCUCUGGUGUGCGCCGGGCUUUCCCGGCCGCCAGGACGCCUCCACCGCCAGCGCUACGGACCUCGCCCAGUCAGCCCCCGGUUUCUUCAGCGUCCCCUGUGUCAAGCCUCGCACCACCACAGCCUGGACCUAGCAGCCACGCGCCCGCUACUGCAACCCCGGCGCCGACACCCAGUGCCCCCCUACCCAUGCCCUCGCUUGAAGGUAUUGCUGCUGCUCGAUCGGCGCUGAAAACCCGCGCCCGAACUCCACCUCCACCGCCAGCCCCCAAGCCCCCGCCACCUCGUGUGCUUGUGUUUCGCGAACUCGGCGAUGGUCCCAUGGACACGGAUGUGGAUGCGCUGGAAAUCGAGGCACUGCCCCUGCCUCCAUCAGCCAUGACCUCGCGGCCCAGCUCUAGUGUCCAACCUGCGGACACGCCCGAGGGUCCAGUGGCGAUGGUGCCGAGUCUGCAUUCCGCCCCCUUGCCCACUGCCAUGUCUGAAGAUGCGUCUGCUAAGCGAUUGCCCCCGCCGCCGGCGCCAAAGCCGGCCAGUCGCGCUGGCAGCGUGGUGGCCGUAACAGCAGCACCGCCGGCCGUGAGUGUCACAUCUGUUCCUUCACCCGUCUCCGCAGGUGGCACCACAGGACCAAGUGACCCCUUCACAAUGGAGAUGGAAGUCCUGGACCCUUGUGUGUUUGCUUCCACUAUGGAUGCUGUUUUGGACUUGGAAAUGGACCUUGGCUUGGGGGACAUCACAGACGCCGACGUGCUGGCCAUGCAGCCACCCGUCACACUGUCCACGGCCAACAGCGCAGCUUCUCUCCUCGAUCGCGUGCCCAGCCCGCCAUCUCUGCAGUCCGACUGUGCGCUGCCUCCACCACCGCCCAGCCUGGUAAUGGAUGCCUCGCCCGAGAUUGUGGCUUCGGUCAAUGCGCCAGCAGCCCCCAUGCCACCACCGCCGCCCCCACCUUCCAGUGGUGAUUUGGCGCUCGCGCCACCUCCUCCGCCUCCGCCACCUGCGCCUGUCCUGAUGACCCAGGCAACCCGCGACAGCCACAGCGAUUCGGACGAUGAUCUCGACUUUGUGCCGCCACCACCCCCACCUCUUGAUGCACGUGAGCUACGCCCGCGCUUGUUUGGAUCCCGCCAAGCGUCGUGUGAGCUGCUCGAUGUACCGCCGCCCCCGCCGCUGGAUGAGAAUCUUUCCAUGGUGGCGGAAACCUCGGUGGCCCAGGCGUCUGAGGCAAGUACGCCCAAACCAAACAAUGGUGCACCAGCACCACCGCCUCCGCCCCCUCCACCGCCGUCUGGUGCCACUUUAUUGGCGUCACCCACCUCAAGUUCAGCGCCGUCUUCCUUUGCGACACCACCGCCACGCUCCGGUACUGGGCCGAUGAGUGUACCCCCAUCGGCUGAACGAGGAUCGCUGUUGGCUUCAUUACGUGAUCCCGGUAACAAAUCCAGGUUGCGCAGUGUGCACGACAGCAGCGAGCCUUCUUCACCGGCAGCCGCCACUCCACACGCAGUGUUGAUGGCUUCUAUUGGUUCGGGCCAAGGCCAGAAGUCGCUCCGCCGGGUGCGGGCGACACCCACCUCGGCACGUUCGCCAGGCCAACGCAACUCCCUCACGACUGCCCUGGUCAAUGCCAUGGAUGCACGGCGAGGGGCCAUGUCGGAUAGUGAAGAUGAUGAACAAUCGGACUCUGACUGGGAGGAUUAG